AUGUCGCUCACUGCACCACGCUCUUCGAAACAGCGGGCUAGCAUUGACGUCCCGGCGCCCGACACAUGUCCACUUGCUUCACUCGGUCCAGCCUCUCGGACCUCUGUUGUACCGAGACCCACGCCGGCGCUCUCAAACGCUGCGACGGCCUCCGGACAUCCCGGCGCUGGUCUGGAGAAUCCGGAACGUCGAGCCAGCUCGCCACCGGCACCGUCGAGCCUUCCUUCGCCCGCCGAAGCCCCCGAUUCUGCCUCCCCCGGCUUUGACCACCUCGACAAACUCAAUCUCACCUUCCCUCCACCGACCAAGCAGGCGCAACGGACAAUGCUCUACCUUAUCGGCGCCGCGGUUGCGAUCGCGCUGCUCCUUCACCGCAUUUGGGCCGUGCGGCAAGUGCGCUACCUGAGGGUUUCCGACUGCGAGCUCAAGUAUGCGCACCUGAUCAAGAAUCCGGAGAGGAUGACGUACCAGGAGGCGAACGAGAUCAUGCACGUGUCCCAGCUCUGGGACAUGCCGUGGUUGACGACGAUCUCACUGUCCUUCGCGCUCUUCAAGACGUACGCGAUCCCGACCAUCUCAAAGGUGUUGUGCAAGUCGCGCGAGCUUUCCGACCCCGCGAACGCUGCGAGACGCGCUGAAGACACGGCCGUUACAAUCACGGAGUUCCUGAGGGGUCUCGACACGGAGCGUGGUGCACAGGCUCUCGCCCGCAUGAACUACCUGCACUCUCGGUACGGCUCUUUAAUCACGAACGACGACAUGCUCUACACGCUGUCUCUGUUCAUCUUUGAACCCAUCGCAUUUGCGGAGAAGUAUGACUGGCGACCCAUGACACCCCUCGAGCAGGAGAGCCGCUAUGUGUUCUGGCGCGAGAUCGGGGCGCGGAUGGGCAUCAAGAACAUCCCGCCUACGCGCGAGGCGCUCUACCUCUGGAAGGAGGGGUAUGCGAAGGAGAACUACAAGUACUCCCCCGACAACCGGGCGGUGGGCGACGCGACGUUUGACGUGUUCCUGCGCGCGAUCCCGGGCCCGUUCAAGUCCUUUGCUCGCCAGGCCAGCAUCGCCCUUCUCGACGACCAAACGCGCGAGGCGUUCGGCUACGAGCGCAGCCCCGAGUGGAUCUACAAGUUCGUUCCCGCCCUCCUCAUAGCGCGAGGCUGGGUGGUGGGGUACUUCCUCCUGCCGCGCUUGAAGACGCCGAAACACAUCGAGACGGAGGAGAUCAAGAACGACAAGGGCGAAGUCACCGCGUUCCAGCGGCUCGGAUUCCUGUUCGAGCCGUGGUACGUCUCCCCCAACGUCGGGCCGCUGGGUGUGUUCGGGUACCAUUUCCCAGGCGUGCCGUGGCACCCCGAAGGAUAUGAGCCGAGCCGCCUCGGUCCUGAACGGUUGAGGGAGACGGGCGUCGAGGAGGUCAAGAAGAACGCGGCAGAGAUGAUUGCCAAGGCCAAGGUUUGCCCCUUCUUUGCGGCUACGACGCAGUAG